AAUAAUAUAAAUGGCGCGCACCUUAGCUACUACGGAGAAUGCAUACAUGAUCUCUCACGCUCUCCACCUUUCUCCACGACGACUAUAAUCUCCCAUGCUAUAAACGCUUUGACGCAACAGUUGCAGAAACUUCAAAUUGAAACCAAGAAACAGAAAGAAGCAAAAAAAAAUGGCUAUUCCUAUAAGGUUUAUAACUAUAGCUCUCGUGAUCCUCUCCUUGUCACUACUCUCCUCUUCUAUUACAGCGACGGAGACGAAGCGGAGCGAGGCGGAAGUGCAACAGAUGUACGAGAGGUGGCUUGUGGAGAAUCGGAAGAACUAUAACGCUCUUGGAGAGAAAGAGAGACGGUUCAACAUCUUCAAAGACAACUUGAAGUUGAUAGAUGAGCACAACUCGGUCCCGGACCGGAGUAACGACCUCGGGUUGACCCGGUUUGCGGAUCUGACGGAUGAUGAGUUUCGAGCAAUUCACUUGAGGGGGAAGAUGGAACGUCUGAGAAGCGAUCCAGUGAUAGGAGAUAGGUACUUGUACAAAGAAGGAGACGUUUUGCCCGAUGAAGUUGACUGGAGAGAGAAAGGUGCAGUUGUUCCCGUCAAAAAUCAAGGAGACUGUGGAGGUUGUUGGGCGUUCGCGGCGGCUGGAGCGGUGGAGGGUUUAAACAAGAUCAAGACAGGGGAAUUAAUAUCUUUGUCGGAACAAGAACUCUUGGAUUGUGACAGAGGGGAAGAUUCCGGAAACUUUGGAUGUUUAGGAGGUAGCGCAGCCAACGCUUUUGAGUACAUUAUCGAAAACGGUGGUAUUGUAUCAGAUGAAGUUUACCCUUAUACUGAGAAUGAUACGGCCGCGUGCAAGGCCAUUGAGAUGGUUACCACUCGGUAUGUUACCAUUGAUAGUUAUGAGGAUGCUCCACAUUACGAUGAGAUGUCUUUGAAGAAAGCUGUUGCUCAUCAACCUAUUAGUGUUAUGAUUGAAGCCGAAAGCAUGAAACUCCACAUAUCUGGUGUGUUUACAGGACCAUGUGAUCAUUGGUAUGGAAACCACAAUGUGGUAGUUGUGGGGUAUGGAACAACAGAAAGAGGUGAAGACUACUGGAUUAUCCGUAACUCAUGGGGAGCAAACUGGGGUGAAAGUGGAUACAUGAAGCUUCAACGUAACUUCCACAACUCAACUGGGAAUUGUGGAGUCGCAAUACGGCCUGUGUACCCACUCAAGUCCAACUCAGCAUUUGGUUUGUUGUCUCCAAGUAUGUUUAAAUUCGGGGGUUUAUUUGUUUUAAUUGGUUGGGUCUUGCUGUGAGAUAUAUAGACUUUGCCAAGCCGUGUGUUCCAAAAGCCGUGUCUUCCAAAAGCCGUGUGUUUGUGUUGUUUGUUGUCUUUAAUUUAGUUCAAUCCUCUCAUCAAGGGGGUUUUGAGAAUUAUUUAAGGCUUUUAUGUUUCAGAAUUAAUAAAAUAAGAGAGACUUCUCUCC